AUGCCUAGGAAAGACGAAGCCCAGAAGUCGACUGCUCAGGCGUGCUCGGCUGUUAGCAACGAGACCAUACUAGCCGCCGUCAAUAGCCAAAAGGAUGAUCUUUCUAAAGUCUACACACUCGUGGAUACUCUCAAGAAAUCACUGGAAGGACGUCUGGACUCCAUUGAAGCUUGUCUAACAACUCUGCAGACAGAGCAUGGUGAGGUUCGGCUCCGUUUGGAUGAUAUGGACUCGGCUUUAACCUCUACCGAUGCCCGUCAAGCACCGCUGAUGUACCAUGGCCAGAAAGUUUUCAUAUUCCCAGACUACACAGCAGAGGUCUCAGCACAGCGCCAGGCUUUUAACACCGUGAGGAAGAGGCUGGUGGAGGCUGGAGCCAAGUGUUCCCUGCGUUUUCCUGCCAAGCUACAAGUCUCUUUAAAUGACACUGUGAAAUCCUUCACUUCACUGGCUGAUGCAGAGCAGUUUGCCAAUUCUUUGUCUCAUAAUAAAUGA